CUGAGCGGGGCCGCUCCGCUGCUCGGGGCCCCCCGCGCCCCCAUGGACCCCGACGUGGAUUACGAGCGCCCCAAUGUCGAGACCAUCAAGUGCGUCGUGGUGGGUGACAACGCCGUGGGCAAGACGCGGCUGAUCUGCGCCCGCGCCUGCAACGCCACGCUGAGCCACCAGUACCGGCUGCUGGCCACACACGUGCCCACCGUGUGGGCCAUCGACCAGUACCGUGUCUGCCAGGAGGCUGUGACCGGUGUCCUGAGGCGGGGCAGGGACUCGGGUGCCGCCUGAGCAGGGCGUGUCUGGGGACGCCGAGUGACAAGCGAUGCGGCACCGGGGCAGCGCUGCCCUCCCGCUCCUGCUCCUCCCCCCAGGUCCGACGUGGUGGUUCUCUGCUUCUCGCUGGCGAACCCCAACUCGCUGCGGCACGUGAAGACCAUGUGGUACCCCGAGAUCAAGCACUUCUGCCCCCGCACCCCCAUCGUGCUGGUGGGCUGCCAGCUGGACCUGCGCUACGCCGACCUGGACGCCGUCAACCGCGCGCGCCGGCCGCUGGCCAAGCCCAUCAAGCCCUCGGACAUCCUGCCACCGGAGCGGGGCCACGAGGUGGCCCAGGAGCUGGGGGUGCCGUACUACGAGACCAGCGUGGUGGCCCAGUUCGGGGUCAAGGACGUGUUUGACAACGCCAUCCGCGCCGCGCUCGUGUCCCGCCGCCACCUGCAGUUCUGGAAGUCCCACCUGCGCAAGAUGCAGCGCCCGCUGCUGCAGGAGCCCUUCCUCCCCCCCAAGCCCCCCCCACCCCUCAUCCAGGUGCCCGACGCCCCCCCCGGCCUGGGGGGGGGCCCGGCCGCGCUGUUCCAAGCCCCGCUCUGCGCCGACGUCGUCUUCCAGCUGCAGGGCGGCCACCGCGUCUUCGCCCACCGCGUCUACCUGGCCACCGCCUGCUCCCGCUUCUACGACCUCUUCACGCUGGAGGGGCCGCCCGAGACCCUCGGUGAAGGGGACCGUGACCUGUCGUCGUGGGGCCGUGGCUUCCUGAGCCUGCGCUGGGAGCUGGUGGCCGACCCGGUGGCGGGGCGGGAGCGGCGGAUGGCGGUGGUGGCCAUGGACGGGGGCGUGCGGCCGGAGCCGCUGCGUGCCGUGCUGGAGUAUUUGUACACGGGGAAGCUGGAGCGGCCCCACGGUGACCUGCGGCAGGUGGGCGCCGUGGCCGAGCUGCUGGAGGUGUUUGACCUGCGCAUGAUGGUGGCCAACGAGCUCAACCAGGAGAGCUUCAUGAACCAGGAGAUCACCAAGGCCUUCCACGUGCGCCGUGCCAACCGCGUCAAGGAGUGCCUGGCCAAGGGCGUCUUUGCGGACGUGGUGUUCCGUGUGGAUGACGGGGUGGUGCCGGCGCACAAACCGCUGCUCAUCGCUGGCUGUGACUGGAUGAGGGCCAUGUUCCGGGGGGGCUUCCGUGAGAGCUACGCCGACGAGGUGUCCCUGCCUGGCACCAACUGCGCCUGCCUCCGCGCCGUCCUCGAUUUCCUCUACACGGGGGUCUUCACCCCCACGCCCGACCUGGACGCCAUGGAGCUGCUCAUCCUCACGGACCGGCUGUGCCUCCCCCCCCCCCCCCCUCUCCCAGAGCAAUACGCCGUGGACGAGCUGCUCCGAGCCUUCAUGCAGCGCGUGGAGAUCGAUGAGCAGGUCAUCAUCUACCUGGAGAUGACGCAGGUACGGGGGGCUGGAGCCCACCGCUGGCCCCCGGUGUGGUACCUGAAGGAGGAGGAUCUGUACCUGCGCUCCAAGAAGGAGCGGGAGCGCGAGGAGCAGCUGCAGCGCAAGCAGCACCCCCGCAGCAAGUGGUGCUUCUGGCGGCCCUCCCCCUCCGUGUCCUGAGCGUGGGGGG